AUGGUCGCCACUGACUUUGGCGCUGUCUUCGCCAAACUCUCGGCUUUAUCCUUGUUGACGAUACCAAUUGGACACGAAUUCUGUGCCACGUUCGUCACGUUCGAGGAUUCAGCUACGCAGCUUACGGCCACGAAACACACCUUGUGCCAAAGUUGGAGUGCUGCGAGGGAGACGGCGGCGGGGUAAAAAAUUUUUAGUUUUUAGUUUUUUUUAAAAAGCGACAUUUUAUACGAACAGACAUGUCUUUGGCUAAAAAAGUGACAUUUUAUACGAUGAAACGUGUUUUUUAGUUGUGAAGUGACAUGUUAUACGAUAAAACGUGUUUUAUUUUCAAACUUAUAUUUAAAUUUUUUUAGAAUAAUCUUUGAUAAAGUACCAGAAAUUUUCAACGAACUGAGCCAUAUUUACCCUCUUGACACCGAUGUAGAAGGUAUUGUUUUCAGUGCACAGAAGAAGUCUGGGUAAGUAAUCUUAGUCGAUUUGGUUUAUCAUAAGCCCAAGCCCUAGCAUAUCUUGUGCUUAAGUCUGAAGCUAAGCCUAAGCUUGAGCUUGAGCUUGAGCUUGAGCUUGAGCUUGAGCUUGAGUUUGAGCUUGAGCUUGAGCCUGAGCCUGAGCUUGAGUUUGAGCUUGAGCUUGAGCUUGACGCUGAGUUUCAGUCUGAGCUUGAGCUUGUGUUUGACUUUGACUUUAAACUCGAGUUUUCCCUGAACUAAAGCUUCAGCCUAAACUUGAGCUUGCGUCUGGUUUUUAGAUUGAGCGUGAGGGUGAGCUUGAUCUUGAGUUCCAGCGUAAAAUUGAGCCCAAGUUGAAGCUUGAUUUUAACGCCUAAGCCGGAACAUAAACUUACAAUUGGGUUUGACUUUGAGCUUGAGUUUAAGCCAGUGCCUAAGCCUGAGCCUAAACUUUUACCUGAAUCUGUCUAAGCUAAAACCUAAACUCAAACUUGAGUUAUGCUUAAACCAAAAACUGAGUCUUAUCCUUAGUCAAAGCUGUAGCAAUAGCCACAAACAUAGUCGUACCGAUAGCCUCAAACUUAAAUUUUGUCUUACAGCCCAGUAAUCCGCAUGGAAUUGUCAGUGUUAAAACGCAAGCCAAGAACGGCGACAUAUUUAACCGUGCUGAGUUUCAAAGAUGGUGGAGCCGAGAUUGGAGUAGCUAGUGGGCACGUGUUCUUCCAAACGUGCCACAACAGCAAUACAAAGCACGUUGAUUUGGCUGAUGUGGACAAAGGAGACCAGUCGCUUGAUCUUAAUAAGUUAGAGCUUUGUGGAAGUCCAACUUUUGGUCUAACCAAGGACGGGUUGGCUUGGACUAAACCGGAUCAGUGCUGGGAAUUAAUGGAGGGAAAACUGGAGGCAAAGAAGUGCUUGGAGAUCAAAGAAAUUAUGUUUACUAUUGUAGGUUUGGUUAUUUUUAGCUAAUUUUGAGUUUUUUUUUAAAUUUAAAAAAAUUUUUUUUGUUUUUUUACUUUUUUUUAAAUUUUUGAAAUUUUUUUUUAUUUUUUUGAUAUUUCAGAAAGCUCUAGUCAACCACGAUCCAUCGAUCAAACACAGUGUGGACGAGUUUGAUCUUAAGUCAAUGUUGGUCCUGCUCUUUUAUCAGUGAGUUGGCUAAGACUAACUUAAAAUUUUUUUUUCAUUUUAAUUUCCAAAAAUCAAACUAGAUUUUUUUUUGAAUUUUGAUAUUUUGUUUUUUUAGAGGAAAGCCACAGACUACGACACUUGGUCCAGAAGCCAUUACUGAGGACAGCACGUUCUUCUCUUCUACUAUUCUUACCUCCACAGAAGGCUCCAAAGAGACGUAAGUAGCCCAGAGCCUUAGCCCAAAGCCCUAGCCCAAAGCCCUAGCCCAGAGCCCUAGCCCAGAGCCCUAGCACAAAGCCCUAGCUCAGAGCCCUAGCUCAGAGCCCUAGCCCAGAGCCCUAGCUUAGAGCUUUAGCUCAGAGCCCUAACUCAGAACGCUAGCCCAAAGCCCUAGAUUGACGAUCUAGCGUGGGGCCUUAUCUCAGUGCUUUAGCCUAGAGCCCUAGCCCAGAGCCCUAGCCCAGAGCCCUAGCACAAAGCCCUAGCUCAGAGCCCUAGCUCAGAGCCCUAGCUCAGAGCCCUAGCCCAGCCCUAGCUUAGAGCUUUAGCUCAGAGCCCUAACUCAGAACGCUAGCCCAAAGCCCUAGAUUGACGAUCUAGCGUGGGGCCUUAUCUCAGUGCUUUAGCCUAGAGCCCUAGACUAGAGAUCUAGCCCAGAGUCUUAUCUCAGUGCUUGCGCCCAGAGUUCUAGCCUAGUGCCUUAGUCCAGAACUGUUGCCUAUAGGGUUAUACUUAUUGUUAGUCUUAACCUUGGCCUUAUCUGUAAUUUCAAUCCAAGACCUAGAUCUAAUCACCAAUACUUUCAGCGACAAUUCAGUCCUCUUUUACGUAGUCGUUGGUGGCAUUAUUCUCGCCAUUGUGAUUGCCGUAGUGAUAGGAAUAGUUUGUUGGAAACGAAGACAACGAGACGUUUUGUGUGAUCAGGAUACGAUCAAACCAUUCAAGCCUGUGGACCCGCCUUGGAAGUACCCUGCGGGCAAGAAACUAACCGAAGCUGAAUGUCGUGAGCUGGAAGAGAUGGUCGAGAGGAAUCAGCAGAUGAAGCGCGAACACCCAGUUGAGCCCGAGCAGGAUGAUAUGAUAUGA